AUGUCCUUCCUAACACUCUUCACAGCCAACGCCGCCGCGGCCCACGGCCACGAAUUCUCUGGCCCAACAUCACCCAGCGGGCUGGCCUCGUGUGCCCUCCAGAUGCUCAAUCCCAACGCGCAGCAGUCCCCCAGGACCUCUAUCACCACUGCCCCAGUGCCGGCCCCCGUCGCUGCCUCCUCGCCCAUCUUUGAGGAGAUCCCAACGCCUCCCCCACCACCACCAAAGAAGCUCCCAAGGUCGAAAUCAUCAUAUCAUCUUGCACAGCCCCCGCCGGGCUCACAUCACACAUUUAAACCGUCGAGGUCACUUGUGGUACAGCUGCAGAAGCUCUCGAAUACCACACGGCCGCUACCAACGCUAGAUGUGUUGCCAGCGUCAGUGUUUGCUCCAAGGUUAAAAAGGAAGCUUGGGAAGUUCUUUGGGAAUGGCGUCGGGAUGCAGGAUUUGGUAUUUUUGUCGAGCGAGGAUUUUGGACAUGAUGAGGACGAGGAUGAUGACGAGGAUAGCUUGAAUGCUAGGCAAGUGGUUGCAUCAGUGUCUUCAGGAUAUAGAAAGAUGGAUGGCGAGGAUGGCAAGGGUUCAAGGAUCACAGUUAUUCAACUGAGCAGUGGCCCGCAAUGGGAGGUUUCGACAACGGCUGCUGGGGGAUACGAGUUUGUGGCUCAUGACGAGGAUGGGGGUAUAUUGAUGGCGCGGUGGAACCCAAAGUCUGCGAACCCACGCAGGCGGUCAUACCAGACCACCAAGAGCGAGACUGGAGAGGAGGAGAAGAGGUUCCAGUUCUCCCUCGUCAACCCAAACUCCAGGAAGCACCCCAUCCUCGGGAGCCUGACGAAGCAGACAAUCGAGAUCAACGACACCUACCCACUGCCAUCAAUAUCAUCCCCACUAGGAUCCCCUCUUGCAUCCCCCGCAACAACACCACCUCAUUCGCGGCCAGGUACCCCAACAACAUCCAGUCCCCUAGGCGUUGCAUUCCAGAUAUCCGACGAGCGGAUUAUGGUCAAAACCAGCGAGCACAUGCGCUCCCUCAUGCUCGUCUCCGGCAUCUGGAUCGCCCUCCGCGAGGGCCUCGUCGCAAGCAGCAUGCGCCUCGACGACCCCUCUCAACCCCACUACCCCCUCACCCCCUCCUCCUCCCUCUUCCCCGGCGGCCGUCUCUCCCCCGCCUACAACCGCCCCUCCAUCGCCUCGCGCUCCGUCUCCGACCCCGCCGGCGGCAAGGGCGCCCACGACGAGCACACACUCCGGAGGCCCCGUCGAACGGGGACGCUGCUGGCACACGACGUCACGACGAACCACCACAGACAUAGCGCGCCGCCCCCGGGGGAGGCCGGAUCAUUGACCCCGCCGAGACGCGCAAACUCGUUGGGCGGUGCCCAGCCGAGAGAUAGGGCGCACUCGACAGGUGUGCUGAGGAACUUUGGGAGGGCGUCGCCGGUCAUGGAGAGGUCGAGGGCGGGGACGCCGGAGGCGCCGAUCAGGGUGCCGGUGCCGCCGACAACGCCGCCGACGGUGGGGUGUAUCCACAGGAGCUUUAAGGGGCAUAGGCAUACGAACUCUGUGUCGCUACCCAAUUCGCCGGCGAAGCAUAGGGAGAAGCAGAAGCAGGCCGCGUCGACGACCCCGUCUGAGGAAACUAGGAAAUCGGAGAGGGAAAAAAGGAAAUGGGGGAGGAGGAUUAGUGGAUUAUUUGAUACGUUGAGGAGGUCGGGAUCAACGUCGUAG